CGGCAGUACUUUCCUCACGCUGUCACAGCAGAUGGCACUGAUGAUCAGUACCCAGCAGCGCUGCCCAUCAGUGCCACCCACUAGUGCCCAUCAAUUCCCAGCAGUGCCACCCAGACGUGCCCAGCAUUGCCACCCAUCAGUGCUGCCCAGCAGUGCCACCAGUCAGAGCUGCCCAUCAGUGCCGCCUGCCAGUGCCCAUCAGUGCCGCCUGCCAGUGUCCAUCAUUGCUGCAUAUCAGUGCAGCAUCAUCAGUGCCUUUUCCUCAAUGCCCACCAGUGCUGCCUCAUCAGUGCCACCUCAUCAGUUCAGCCUAUCAGUGCCCAUCAGUGCUGCCUAUCUGUGCCACCUCCUCAGUGCCCAUCAAUGCUGCAUAUCAAUG